AUGGAUAUUCAACGCAAAUUCAAAAAACUAAACGAUGCCGUCAUUGAUAGACAACGAAAUCCCGCAACCGCUCAAAAUCGUAUCGAACUCAGUCGAAUGCUUUCGGAGAUCAUCGAAUUCCAUUCGCUUGUUAAACAGUACACGAAUCGUUUUUCAACCUUAUAUAAUACGAUCAUAUUUCUAAUGUUCGGCCUUUCAUCGAUCAUUUUAUGUGCAAAUCUUUUUGGCAUUAAUACGGCAAUCGCGUUGCACAAUACGGCUGAUGCUGUACGCGCAAUUGUUUUCAUACCAUUGGUAACGGUUUAUGUCACAUUCCCAUGCCAUUUCGGACAUUUGGUAACCAUGAGCGCUGAAACAAUUGACGAAUCCAUUAAUCAAUGCUGUUGGGAAGAAUUUCCAGUAAGGGUUCAGAAAAUGCAGGCAAUCAUGAUGAUAAUGUCGCAAAGACCGGUCUACAUUCAAGGUGUCAUGAAUACAAAAUGCUCCCGUGAAAGUUUCCAAAAGAUUGUUAAACUUGCAUUCUCGUAUUUUUCAAUGAUGCGAAGUAUCGACGGUUGA